AUAUAUAAGUACAAGUCUUGCAUCCGCAUCCUUUGUUGUAAUCUUCGCCAAGCUAAGGUGUCACUGUGUAAUAUAUAUGAGACACUUUAUGUUCUUCUAAAAUGUACAUCCGGAUCCGUAUUUAGUGCAUCAAUAACAAGUCUUACGUGUUCAUAUUGUUAACAUCGUCAACGUUUUGCACAGACUCAUGGAUAGAAAUUUAAAGUAGAAGGUAGGCGCCUAGGACUAGAUCUAUUGAAAGAUUUCGUUAUCAGAUGUGCUAAAUCCACCUGAAUGGCUCUCCAGAAAACUAUAUUGCUGAGCUCUGUUCUACUCUCGGUGUGUUGGGGUGCCCUACAGGACCACAGGAACGUUCCUCAGUACCAUGAGCUGAUGAGACAGGGUCAUGUCAAGCUAACUCAGGGGGAGUCUGAACCCGAUUUUAUCCACAGAUUCAAUGGCACCAUUAUGCUUCAGAAAAUGCUAUCACUGGACUCAAUGUAUGACCAGGCUGUGCUCCUUAACAAGGAAUUUAUGACUCAUUUCGGGUCUCGGAUCAAAAUGUCGGGGGGUUGUGUUGUUGGACUUCAGCUGUUACUUGAUGGUUUGAAGGAAAGAAGUCUUUGGUCUCUAAAAAUGCUUGAUGCCAUAGGAAAAGUUCCCAGUGGUAUAUUUGACGGUGAUUUCAUGUGGCACGGUCAGUAUGAUGAGUGUAACACAAUCAGUCAGGCAUUCACAGAUAGAAUCACUUUGAAUGAGAAUUCCCUGGUUCGAGGGAAAUAUUUUGUUGCAGGAUUGUUGAAUCCUUUGGGGUAUAACACCACUGAUCUUAAGAUUGGGGUCUGCCUGCCUGAUGCAUGUACUGCUACAGAUGUUAAAGAAGUGUUGGAAUUGGCAUUUUUAGAGAUGUAUAAAAUAUACAAACAAAACAAUCAAGCUUUCUCUGAAAUAUGUGUAUCAUCAAGAAGUAAAAUACAAGAGCUCUCCAGAGUUUAUUGUUGCCAGUGUGAUCUGUUCCAUCAUUGGUUUUCUGUUAUUGCUGGGCACUCUUUACGACAUGUUAAUAAAUCAAGGUGUCGACUUCUCGGAAAUCGGAGAAGUGAGGAUUGAUAAACAGGACAGCGACGCACAGUCCCUUAAUUCGGACACUACACAUCUGAUGUCGGAUGGAACUCGAGUAUCUGUCCUGUCAUUCAGAAACAAGGUCUUACACAA